ACAGACCGCGCACAGCUCUGGACCCCGCAGCGGUCGGACCCCAGCGGGAGCGCGGGCUGCUCUGAGGGCUCCUGCUGUGGCGGCUUUGUUUUUGCCCAAAAGAGAGAGAUUUGCCCUCGGAUUCAGAACCAGCAUCCCAGGUUGGGGUGAGGGUAGGAGGAGAUGCUCGGCACAGUGUCAGGCCGUCCCCUCGGUGUGACAUGGCCAUUUGUCCUUCUGGCGACGCCCCCAGCCUCCUGCAGUGCUGCUGCCCGGCUCUGUGCUCAGCCUGUGCCUGCAUGGCCAGCGCAUGGAGCGGCAGGAGGAAGGGCUGAAGCAGGCGCUGUGCAGGGAGAUGGCCUCCAGCUGGAUUUGGGGGUCAGCUUUGAGGCCAGAGCUGCUUGGAUUGGAACUUGUGCCACCUUGUACUGCAGGGACACGGGAGGACGUCGAGCCAGGCAAUGAGCAGCCCCAGGUGUGGAGCGGUGGCACUUCGCUGCGUGGCAGUGACAUGGGGACACCCAUGGGUGCAGGGCAGUGGAGCAGUGCCCUACUGGCAGCUUGCAGAGGGUGCAGAGCAGACACACAGGAGCCCUGCAGGAAAGAACACCCCCAGAACAGCACUGAACCCUGCUUGGCUGAGGACAUGCUGGGAGCACCUGGUCCUAUUAGCAGCCUAGGACAGUGCUGCAGUCACCAGCUUGCUUUUCUCUCUGCCAAAAACACGUGCUUCUGUCUCUCUUAGUGUCUGUGUCUUGCAUGGGGGGGUCACACAGCAGAGGGACGGUGCCUGGGUACCCAAUGGGGGCCAGGCUCUGCUGUCUCCAGCCCCAGGAGCGGUGGUGGGCCUGGGACUGGGUGCCUGGGCAGCAGGCUGGGCAGUGCUGGGGUCACACUGCAGAGCACAUCUUGGGGUAAGGCUGCUGCCCGGAGCCAGCUCCACACCUCUACCUCCCCCAUACCCCAUAUCAGGGAGGAUUUGGGGCUCCUGUUCAUGCUCCAACCCCGUGCAAUCCUGGGGGCUUAAGAGACCAUGACCUGCUGUUGUUCUCACAGGAUCCAAGGUGCUGGUGUCUUGCCCUGCCUGGAGCCUGAGGUCCUGCGUGCUCAUCCGCCUCCCGACGUCACCAAUGCGACCAUGGGAACUGGCAGUGAAUAGGCGGCCUCCCUCUGCCCCUUUUAACCAACGUCGUUUCUCAGGGGGACCCUGCAGCAGCCCUGACCACCUCCGGCGAAGCCCCCCUGCCAGGCGUCAGUGGGGACGACGCGACCGACCUCUGGCAACCCUGCUGGGCCAGGAUGAGACCCAGCUGCACCCUGCCUUCCCCCAGCAGCCGCACAUCCCUGUAGAUGAGCCCCGCGCCUACGCUCUCCCCAGCACACCACCACGAAUGCUGCACCCGGCCGCUCACCCACCCCACCAGAACCCAUUCAUGGUGGAUCUUCAUGACCAGGUGCACCAGGGACCUGUCCCUCUCUCCUACACGGUCACAACCGUUACGACGCAAGGCUUCCCCAUCCAUACCAGCCAGCACAUCCCUGGGUGCAGCACCCAGCAGCUCCCAGCAUGCUCAGUGAUGUUCAGUGGACAGCACUACCCGCUCUGCUGCCUCCCACCCCCGUUGAUCCAGGCAUGCGCCAUGCAACAGCUCCCAGUCUCCUACCAGACGUUCCCUCCAAUCAUCUCCAGCGACCAUUACAUCCUGCACCCGCCCCCGCCGCCAGUGCCCCCCCACCAACCGCCCCACAUGGCUCCCUUGGGGCAGUUUGUGCCUCUCCAAGCCCAGCACCCACGAAUGCCUCUGCAGAGGAUAGACAAUGAUGUGGACCUGCGAGGGGAGCAGCACCCCAUCACCGGCUUCACGUACCCCCCAUCCCACCAUGCUCCCACGCUCUCCCCCUCCGUGCCGCUGCAUUACCUCCCCCAUGACCCGCUGCACCAAGAGCUGCCAUUCGGCGUGCCAUACCCCCACAUGAUGCCCCGGCGGCUGAACACCCAGCGGUACCGGCUGCAGCAGGCGCUGCCCCCCCCGCCGCCCCCUCCACCGCCCCCUCCGUACUACCCGAGCUUCCUGCCCUAUUUCCUCUCUAUGCUUCCUGUGUCGCCGACGGCCGUGGGGCCCACGAUCAGCCUGGACCUGGACGUGGAUGACGUGGAGAUGGAGAACUACGAGGCGUUACUGAACCUGGCCGAGCGGCUGGGGGAGGCCAAGCCACGGGGACUCACCAAAGCAGACAUCGAGCACCUCCCGUCCUACCGCUUCAACCCUGAGAGCCACCAAUCCGAGCAGACCCUGUGCGUUGUGUGCUUCAGCGACUUCGAGGCCCGGCAGCUGCUCCGCGUCCUGCCCUGCAACCACGAGUUCCACGCUAAGUGUGUCGACAAAUGGUUAAAGGCGAACCGCACGUGCCCCAUCUGCCGGGCGGAUGCGUCGGAGGUGCAGCGGGAGGCGGACUGAGGCGGGCGGGCGCCGUGCCACACAAUUGGUUACAGGAUGAGGACGUCGGGCCAGGGGCGGGGGCCGCUGCCCGCUGCCAGGGCCCGGCCGUGCGCUUACCCCCCUCCCCAGAGCCUCUCCUCGGAUGCGGUGAGCGCUGAGCAGCCCGGGCUGCGGCCAGCCCUCCUCCUCCGCCGUGGCUCGGAGCGCUGCGGGGCCGAAUGGUGUUUGCUGGUGGCGGCCGCCUGUGUCCUCCGCACUGCAAAGACGCUGUCGUCGCUCCAUCACUUUCCAGGUCUUUGUACUCCGCUAGGGAUUAUUAUUUCCCCCCCGCCCCCGUUUCUCUUUUGUUUUGUUUUUAGGGUAGGUUUUUUUUUUUUUCUCCUUCCGUUUCCUUUUCCGUCGCGUUUCUUUGGUCCUGUGGCCGCUCUUCCCCUCGGCGGUGGGAGGAGGGCGGAGGGCGCACCGUAGCCGGGUGCCGACGGGCCCGGGGCCGACGUGGGGCCGCUCCCCACCGCUCCGUGUCCUUCCCAGGCGGGAGGACGGCCCCGGCCCCGAGCCCCGCUCACUCCGAGGCGGUCAGGCCCGGCGGGGAGCUCAGCGUGGA